UGUUUAUAUAAAGUUGUUUAUUAAUUUGGGCGUGCGCAAAAAAUGUAGUUUACAUUCCGCUUUUAAAACAAAAAAUUAUAGAAUGCUGCAUCGGCGUUGUAUUGUAAUAAAUAUGCGUUCCGCUAUAGCGCUCAUCAUGAUUUUCAUUUUGAGCGGUAUACGUCAAAGUCUGACUGCUGGUGGAAAUCUUAUGGAAGCUGAAUCUAAACUGGAAGGCCAAUCGAAAAACAUCACAAACAACAAUGACGCUAUACCACUUACAAUCAAAAGCAUCAAUGACACCAAUGUAUCCUGUCCAGGCACACCAGAUAGCGAGUGUUCGUCGUUGCCCUUUCCUUGUAUACGCUGCAAUUAUAACUACUCUUGUCACUAUGGACGCGAUAUAAAUGUUACUUGUACGGCAUUGGACCAUGUUCAAUGUCAAGGUAAUCGAUCUUUUGUGCAGCAGAUAAAUUGUCGAUAUUGCUAUCAAACGGAAAUGUGGCAGCAGUCAUGUAUGCUUCGUGGAAACUGCAAUUCCGUGAAUGCACAUUAUUAUCGCACCAAUUGCACGGUACAUUCGGAUGUAUUCUGCCUUGGUAAUCGCUCAUUUACACGUAAUCUUAAAUGUAACUGGACACAAGGUUAUCGGUGGAGUACGGCGCUUAUAAUAAGUAUUACAUUAGGUGGAUUUGGGGCCGAUCGUUUCUAUCUAGGGCACUGGCAGGAAGGAAUUGGAAAGCUUUUCAGUUUCGGAGGCUUAGGAGUGUGGACCAUUAUUGAUGUUUUGCUCAUAUCGUUACAUUAUCUAGGGCCAGCAGAUGGUUCACUAUACAUAUAGUAGUAGUAAUCAUUCAAAUUUGAAAAUCAGACUAAUAAUUAGUACAUUUUAGUAUAAUGUAAGAAGGUAUGUUUAAUUCAUUAAAUAAAGCUAAUUCUAUUAUCUUUCCAAAAUAA